GGAUAAACCAGGAAGCAGUCACUGAAAUAAAUUUUAAUUACAAAAGAUGAAAAUGGACGUUCUGUUUUUUGUUUUGAUCCUACGUGUCGUCCAUCUGGCUGUCACAAACGAUCCAAACAUGUGUGGUUCUGGCAAAUGCUGCCCUGGUUAUUUCCUCUACAAGGAUUUAUGUACAGAAUGUCCUUCUGGAACACAAGGAAUCAACUGUAGUAGAACAUGUUCUGAAGGCUAUUAUGGGAAAGGCUGUAAGAAAGAAUGUCCAAUAAAAUGUUUAAAAAGUUGUAACAGAUCAACAGGGAUAUGUUCAGAGAGUAACCCUGAAGAAACUCCAAGUUUGAAGAAUAGCAGUACUGAUACAAAUACAAACUUUACCAAUAUCAGUAUUGACAAAAAGAUAGAGGACUUCCUGAAGGAUAAGCUAUGGAUCAUUGCUGGAGCCUCUUUUCUUCUUGUUAUCCUUUCAUGUAGUUGUGUUGGACUUUUUUUCCUGUGUAAGGUUUGUAAAGGCAGACAGAAGAAAAACGAGGCAUUGGAUUAUGUCACGCCAUCCAACCAGAACCAGCAUUCUACGUAUAGCGAAAGGUAUCAAGACCUUGAGCAUAACACCUCAACCAGCCCCAUUCUACCCCCAAGAGCUCAGAAUUGUAGGGGAACUACACCGUCCACAGAUAAUAUUGAAACAGAUAAACCGGAAGUUGUAUACAGUAAACCAAAACCCAAAAAGCGCUACAGCCUGGUCCGGAAGUUAAAGGUAUCGCAGGAAUUGACAUGCCCGGAAGAAGGAGAUUUUGAUAGUGACGAGUUUGAUGACUUUACAGAUACUAGUGGCGGUGUAGAAAUUUCCGGAAUCCCAAUGAAUCAGUCUUUCAAAACUUUCCGAUCAUCAGGUAUCAGCAAACAGAACAGAAAAAGGAAUAGCACCAAUUAUGGACAUAUUUGGUAGAUUGUAUUCUAAAUCGAAUUUCCAUAACUUUCAUUGUAUUCUAUUUCUACAUUAAAAAAAUAAUAUGCCGAUCUAUUUAGCUUACUAAAAUACCAAUUGACACUUUUAUUUAAAUAAGGAUCCCACCUCUGAUAUUCAAAACGUUCGUUCGCUCUGCUCCUAUGGAAUUUUGCGGGAAAUACUGACUUUUACAGUUGUCAUCUUAUUUUUCACUAGAGCAAUGUACGGAAGCUCCUUUACGAUAUAGAUAUUCAUUUCGACAUUUUUUUAAACGAAAGUAAUGGAUAAGUUCAAUGCGAAUAUAAGUUGGCCUUGAAGAAAACGACAACCAACCUGUCCUUAACUCCCGGCCUUCACAUGCCCCAAACACCAUAGCUAUGACUACUAAACAGGUUUUUCUUAUCUUUCAUCAAUUCUGUUCCUCCGUACAUGAUACAGGUUUUAAUGUCUAAUUCAAACGUAAUCUAUUUAGGUCAGCGCUUCUCUCAAAAGUCUAUUAACAUUUGUAUUGUUUAAUGGAACUUUGAGUUUGAAAACUGUUCGUUGUCCCAAUAAACGUCAUUAUUUGUCAUAAUUUAGUGAUAAAAGCAUACUUAAUAUUAUGAAAACUCAUAAAAAAUCUAUAAAAAUCUUCUAUAGAUACU